GUGAAACUGAACCAGUCGUUGUGACACGUGGCAGAAAUGACGCAGAAAGGAGUUCAGCUGAAUCCGAAAACACUUUCCUGUUCAAUCUGCUUGGAUCUACUGAAGGAUCCAGUGACUAUUCCCUGUGGACACAGCUACUGCAUGAGCUGUAUUAAAAACCACUGGGAUGGAGAAGAUAUGAAGAGCAUCCACAGCUGCCCUCAGUGCAGACAGACCUUCACACCCAGGCCUGUCCUGGGCAAAAACAGCAUGUUGGCAGAUUUAGUGGAACAGCUGAAGAAGACUGGACUUGAACCUGGUGCUGCUGACCACUGCUACGCUGGAGCUGAAGAUGUGGUCUGUGAUGUGUGCACUGGGAGGAAACUGAAAGCUGUCAAGUCCUGUCUGGUGUGUUUGGUCUCCUACUGCCACAAACACCUUCAGCCUCAUCAUGAUGUACCUCAGUUAAAGAAACACAAGCUGGUGGAUCCGUCAGCAAAGCUCCAGGAGAACGUCUGCUCUCGUCAUGAUGAGGUGAUGAAGAUGUUCUGCCGCACUGAUCAUCAGUGUAUCUGUUAUCUGUGCUCUGUGGAUGAACAUAAAGGCCACGACACAGUCUCAGCUGCAGCAGAAAGGACUGAGAGGCAGACAGAGCUGGAGGUGAGUCGACAGAAAAUCCAGCAGAGAAUCAAAGACAAACAAAGUGAAGGUGCUUCAACAGGAGGUGGAGACCAUCAGACACUGUGCUGAUGAAGCAGUGGAGAAGAACCACAAGAUCCUGACUGAGCUGAUCCGACUGAUGGAAGAAAGAAGGCGUGAUGUGGAGCGGCAGAUCAGAUCCAAGGAGGAAACUGAAGUGAGUCGAGUCAAAGAGCUGGAGUUGAAGCUGGAGCAGGAGAUCACUGAGCUGAGGAGGAAAGAUGCUGAGAUGGACAAACUGUCACACACACACGACCACAUCCAGUUUUUACUCCAGUAUCCAUCAGUGUCCAAACUCAGUGAAGAUCCAGAC